UCUUGUUUUAGGGAACCCUCGCUUCCUGUUGCCUGUUUCCGCACUGUUGUUGCGCCUGCACGCCUCUGUAGUGCGCAGUGAGUCCUCGCUCCGUUUCCACCAGCACUUCAAAUUUAAAAGUUUCUCCUCUUGCUCGCUUGCACCCGCCACCGUCAGCCAUGUCCCAGCCGCAACAGAUCCGAGACAAAAGUGACUUUGAUCAGCUCCCUGGCAACGUACCCAUCACUGCCACUAUUGCCGAUAUCGAAGAGAAGAAGGGCUUCAUCGAUUACUACAGGUUUGUGAUCGAGGUGAAGACCAAAGGAGGCGGCAAGUACUUUAUCUACAGGAGGUACAGGGAGUUCUUCAACCUCCACCAGAUCCUCGAGGCCAAGUACUCUCCUGAGGACCCGGAGAGGCCGGGUCCUAACACCUGCAUCCUGCCCCCUCUUCCAGGUAAAGUCUUCAUCGGAAACAAACGGGAGAUCGCAGAGAGCCGAAUCCCUGAGCUCAACACGUACAUGAAGAGGCUGCUGGGUCUGCCAACAUGGCUGGUGCUUGACGAGGCUCUCAGGAUGUUUUUCUACCAGACGGACCAGGACAGCCAGCAGCAACCGCGAGCCCUCAGGCGUCUCCGCCCACCAACCCGCAAAGUGAAAACAGUCAAAGCACCGACGAUGGACCUCUUCUCCUCCCCCAGGGCCGAGGCGAUGUUUGACUUUCGCGGCAACGGCAAGGCGGAGCUGAACCUGAAGAGGGGAGAGGUGAUCUUCCUGCUGCGACGAGUCAACACCGACUGGCUGGAGGGGACGGUGAAUAAUCAGACAGGUAUCUUCCCAGAAUCCUUUGUGAAGAUUAUUAAGCCCCUCCCAGACAGUGACUCGGAAGGUGAAGGUGGAGUCCACACGUACAGCUGCCUCCGCUGCUUCUUGCUCACCCCCUCCGGAGUCGACACCAGAGAUGUGUGUGUACAAGAGGAAAUCACCAUCCAGCCAACGUACAAGGACCUUCUGUCUCGCAUGAGGAAUGUCUUCCAGGUGGACGACAUCGCCAUCAACUACCGCGACCCGGAGGGCGACCUGAUCCGCCUCCUGGACGACGAGGACGUCCAGCUCAUGAUCCGGGAGAGCAGAGGUCAGCAGGGGGUCAAGAGGCCCGUCAACCAGUUUCCGUGGGAACUGCACGUCACCAUGGCGUCCGACCUCUCCGUUUACAACGUGGAGCCGUGAAAAGAAAACGAGACGGUCGAAGACGCAUUAACAGAUCGGGAACAUGACCAAGAGGUUGUCUGUGUCUUUUAGUUCAGUGAUUUCCACUUUGCCUGUUUUAAUAAAUGCUCCCUACAUUUCACUUAAAAAUAAACUUAUUUAAUAACA